AAAUCUUGACCAUUACGCUAAAAUCUCGUUGCCCUUAAAAAUAGCAAAUAAUCGACUCUAUUAUUCAACACCUCAUAUUCAUUUCCUUUUUCCCCAAUUCCAAGCAGUGCCAAAGGAACAUUCUUCCAAUUAUUCUUUUUUAACCCUCUUGUUUUUUCCUUGUACCGUCCGCCGUUUGAAAGAAUUUUCCGGGUAAAUUAACUGCUGACAACGACAGCAGAAAGAUUUGCAUGCAAUGCGUGAGAUGUAAAAUGUUUUUAUGGUCCAAAAUUAGUCUCCCAUGAUUUGUCUAUAAUGCGUUUUCUUGGCCCUCAAAUUUCUCAUAAUUGUCAUUCACCACCCAGCAGUUCAGGCGAAUUUUCCGACGGAGGGGCCAUGACGGAGAGCAGUUCUUCCUCCAUAGCCCCUUUGCUUUUGAGAAACAUAUUAACAUCUGCUUUUAUCUUCGCUGAUAAACCCUUCUUCCUCUUAGCAGAAAAAUACAAACUUCUCGAAUUUGUACGUUGGUUCCUUAUCCAAGCUUUUCUCUUCUUUCUUAAACUUUUUCCCUCUGGAGAAAAUUACAACACCUACCCUUUGAAGCCUCAAAAGGGUGAGAUUUAUUCUCCGGCUGCCGUGGGAGGCGGCGGCGGAGAGUCGGGGAUAUCGAGAGCGUUGACGCAAGUGUUGUCAAUUGCGAAUGAUAUUCCGGUGAGUUCUAGGAAAUAUGAGGUCGUGAGAUCACUGGCCGAGAGGCUAAUUGAUGAGAAUCUCUUAGAGGGUAACGAAGCAUUAAGGGAAGUGAAUUGCGCCGCCUUGUCGGCGGCUUUUACGAGGACGCUUGGUCAGCUUGAAGCCGCCGUGGCGGCGGAAGAAGGCGGAAUUGUGUCCGGUGGGGAUGGUGGCGAUUACAUCGGUAAGUUGAGCCGCGGAUUGAGGGCGAUUAGGUAUUAUGGUGACGUUGUGUGGCAACGGGGUAGGGCGAGGAACCAGCUGAGACAAUUCGGAUGCUCGGCUGAGAAGCUGGCGGCGGAGUUGCUGUGGUUGGCUCAGAAGAUGGCAGUUUGUGGUUGUGUUGAUGAAGCUGUUUAUAUGUGGGCUUCGGCUUCACAGUUAGCUUGGCUUUCUCUUUCUGCUGAGGCGCAGCUUCAGGGGUCUCUUGUUAAACUUUCAGCUUUCUUAUUCAAGAAAGCCAGAGAAAUAGGAAAAGAUGCAGAGGAUGAAGAAAGUACGAAAGAGCAUCUAAGGCGGACAAACAUGAACAUGCUGAUGUCAUGGCUGCCAUUGCUAUGCCGAGCAAGCAAUGGCACAGACACUCCAGUCUUGAGCAUUAGUGAAAGGGCUGAGCUUGAAAGAAUACUAGAGCAGAUCAUUGGAACAUUGGAACAAGAAGAGGAGCAAGAAAAGGUCUUGUCCCUCUGGCUUCACCAUUUUACCUAUUGCCCUUCUUCUGACUGGCCAAAUCUCCAUGAUUGCUACACUCGCUGGUGCACCGCUUCUCGUAAGCUCUUGCUUCACUGAAUUUUCUAAAAAGAACCUUCGACUUAGAUUGAUGGAGUCUCAUCUUUCUGGCAAGGAAGGGGUCUCUAGCUAAUGGGUGGCGCAGAAUGUGAAGUGGAGGAAAAGAUUAUAGUGCUGUGUUUAUGAAGGUCCAAAGUAAGAUUUGUAUCAGCUAGCUAUGUUUUGUAAUUAUUUUAGUUUUUCUAGUAGUUUAAUUUACAAGUCGAAAGCACACUUACAUGCAUAUGCACGUUUGGUUGUGUUUAUAUAGUGCUUGAAUUCAAAGCAAAUUGAGCAGAAGCGUUUACUUAAUUUCAGGCCUCAAAUUUUCUUUCCUGCA